AUGCUUCUUGCCGGUGCGACCCUGUCGCACGCCGCUGACUGGAAAUACGCCUUUGAGGAAUCCCUGACGGACGUGCAGGGAGUUUACGCCACGAAGUUCAAGGAAGCCGUCGAAGCGAAUUCCGAUCAUACGAUCACGUUGUUUCCGUAUGGCUCGCUGGGCGAGUCCGCCGACAUCAUGGAGCAGACGCAGGCCGGUCUGCUUCAGUUCGUCAACCAGUCUCCCGGUUUCACCGGAGCCCUGAUCCCCGAAGCACAGGUGUUCUUUGUUCCCUACCUGCUUCCGACCGAUCAGGAUCAUCUCGGCCGUUUCUUCAAGAAUUCCAAGGCGAUCAACGAGGAUUUCGUCGGUCUUUAUGCAAACCAGGGACUGGAACUCCUGUCCAUGUAUCCGGAAGGCGAGGUGGCGAUGACCACCAAGUCACCCGUGAAGAGCUGUGCGGAUCUUGAUGAAGUCAAAUUUCGCGUGAUGACCAAUCCGCUGCUGGUGGAAUCCUACAAGGCCUUUGGUGCCACGCCGACACCGUUGCCGUGGGGCGAGGUCUAUGGCGGCUUGCAGACCAACAUCAUCCAGGGGCAGGAGAACCCGACGUUCUUCCUCUUUUCCACCAAGAUCUACGAAGUGACAGACCACAUCACCUAUGCGGGCCACAACAACUUCACCACCGCGCUGAUGGCCAACAAGCAGUUCUAUGAUGGUUUGAGUGCCGAAGAGCAGAAGGUCGUCCAGGACGCCGCCGCAUCCGCCUUCGACUACAUUGUCGGAUAUCAGAAAAGCCUGGCGGACAGCGAACUUGACAAGAUCAAGGAAGCAAAACCCGCAAUGACCAUCACUGUCCUGUCGGACGAAGAGCGGGCCUGCUUCAAGAAUGCGGCCGCCGAAGUGGAGGCGAAGUUCAUCGAAAUGACCGGAGAGGGCGGCAAGGCCAUUCUCGACCAGAUGAAAGCGGAUCUGGACGCAACGCGCGACUGA